GACAGCCGUUAUUUGAUUUUGUCAUAGUUUCUGUUUGAAACUUUAAAUUCACAAUUUUCAUGUUAUUAAUGCGAUAUAUGUGUAACAUUUGUAAAGUGUUAAAUAAUUCUGUUAUUUAGUGAAGAAUAAAUGCAAUAAACAUCAAAAUGAGUUCGGAUAACUCAGAUUCUGGUAGUAUUGCUCUUUCGUUGGUUGCCCAGUUUGAUGAUAUCAAUCGUUUGAAUAAUGUACUUAAUGAUGGAGCUGCAGAAGAAUCGUUCCUAUCAUUUUUAAAUCAAAUGCAAUGGGUGAUGAAUCAAUGGGCCACUGCGGAAGCGGAGGCAGUGAGACUGCAGAAGGAAUUGGAUGAAGCUCAUAGAACUCUAACAAAAUCUGAAGCAAAAUUUGCUCAUGUAAGGAAAAUGUUGGAUGGUGAGAAAAGAGAGAAGAAUAUUUAUCUGAAAAAAUACAAUGAACAGAGCAAACUCUUAGAUAUGGCAAGGGAUUUGCUCUUCAAUGACAAUCGUGCGAAACUGAACGAUGAAACACUGCAGAAGCUGGCCUUCUUAAAUGGUACCGCACAACAAGACCACAACGCCAAACUGACCGGUGUACCGGAACUCAACUCAACCGGUACGCUGCUGUCGGAGAUGUCGUACUCUCGUUCGGAGGACGACCUGGACCUGUCGCUGGCGUCGACGCGGCGGUCGUGGGUGCAGCGCGGCCAGUGGGCGGCGCGCGAACAGCUGCCCAACAAGAAGAGACGCUCCUCUUCAUCAUCCGUUGCCAAGACGGUGGAGUUGCAGAGCGGCAAGGUGCUGGCCACCGCGACCACCACGCUGACGCUGGAGCGUGCCCCCACCUGCCAGGACCUCAAGCCGCCGCAGAACUUCCAACCGAUAUCAGAGAGCAGCGACGAGGGCCCGCCGCCGCGCAAGUCGCCGGCGCGCUCCGCACGGCACCACCCCAUUGAGGUGCACUGCACCCCCCCGCCGCCCACCGCACCCUCCGCACCCCCUAAGUCAGAGAGCGAGAGCGCAUCAGACAGCCCGAUGUGCGCGGUGGCGGGGGCGGGGGUGGGGGCGCGGCCGCAGCGCACGCCCUCGCUGGUGUCGUCGCCGCGCGCGCGUCUGCGACAACACAACUUCGUCGCCAAGAACUUCUACAAGCGGGAGACGUGCGGGCCCUGCGGCAAGACUAUAAAGUUCGCGAAGGUGGGUGUGAAGUGCGAGUGGUGCCGCGCGCAGGCGCACCCCGAGUGCCGCGCGCUGCUGCCGCUGCCCUGCGUGCCGCCCGGCCGCGCGCAGCACCAGGAGGGCGGCAGCAUCGCGGAGUACGCGCCGAGCGCCGCGCCCAUGGUGCCGGCGCUGCUGGUGCACUGCAUCAGCGAGGUGGAGCGCCGCGGCCUCACCGAGCGCGGGAUCUACCGCGUCUGCGCACUCGACAAGGACGUCAAACGACUCAAGGAGCGGUUCCUGCGCGGCUGCGGGUCGCCGCAGCUGUCGGGCGAGGAGGUGCACACGGUGUGCGGCUGCGUGAAGGAGUUCCUGCGCUCGCUGCGGGAGCCGCUGGUGACGCACGCGCUGCGCCCCGACUUCGUGAGCGCCGCGCGCCUGCCGCCGCCCGACAGCGCCGCGGCCGCCGUGCACGCGCUGCAGCAGCUGCCGCAGCCCAACCGCGACACGCUCGCCUUCCUCAUGCUGCAUCUGCAGAAGGUGUCGGAGAGCCCGGAGUGCGAGAUGGGCGUAGACAACUUGGCGAAGAUGUUCGCCCCCGGCGUGGUGGGCUACGGGCUGGCCAGCGGCGCCGCGGAGAUGUACAGCGCCACCGCACACAUGUUCAGUGUGAUGCAGCUCCUGCUGAACCUGCCGGGCGACUACUGGGCGCAGUGGGCGUGCCCCGCGCCGCCCAGCGCGCCCGCCGACACGCCGCGUGCGCUCGCCGCCGCCCCCAAGCCCAGGGGAUUCUUCUUCUCCCCUGCCGACACAGGGGUUGCCAGAAAGAAGAGAAAUUAUUUUCAGUGACAUUUGAAAUACAACUUUAAACUUUACCAUUAGAAUAAGAUUGAUUUUUUGCAAAAAAAAACAGUUUAGUUAUUACUUCGAAUUACAAUU